GCCGCUGCCGCCGCCGCUGCCGCUGAUACUCGCGCACAGAGUGCAGCUGAACUACACAGAGAAGUACAACAAACCGCACCGGGGACACACCGACAUCUGUAUACACAUCAUGAAACCAGGACGGAACAUCUGAGCAAGCAGGAACGCGGAUCGGUAAAUGUUAUGAGAGAAGCAUGGAGUUCCCGGACCACAGCCGCCAGUUGCUUCAGUGCCUGAGUCAGCAGCGUCACCAGGGCUUUCUGUGUGACUGCACCAUCCUGGUCGGUCCGGCCCGGUUCCGCGCGCACCGUGCCGUGCUGGCCUCGUGCAGCAUGUACUUCCACCUGUUCUACCGGGACCAGCUGGACACGCGAGACAUAGUGCGUCUGAACAGCGACAUCGUAACGGCGCCGGCGUUCGGCCUGCUCCUAGAGUUCAUGUACGAGGGCAAGCUGGAGUUCAGCACGCUACCUGUGGAGGACGUUCUGGCCGCGGCAAGCUACCUGCACAUGUACGACAUUGUCAAAGUGUGCAAGGGCCGACUGAAGGAAAAGGAGCUGUGCUCUCUGGAAGAGAAACUUGUUGACAGCGUGAGUUUAAGUUGCCUGGACAGGGGGAGUUUGUCUGACUGUGAGAUGCAGCCCAGCAAAAUGCCCCUAAGAGGCCAAGUGGCAGAUGACAUGUAUGACAUCACAGAUUGCAAUAGACUGACACUGGUGAGGCAGAGGGCGAAUGGUCACCUCGGUGGGUCCCCAGAUCUUGUAGGUGUCAAUUAUGUGUCGGCCGAGGCCAAGGCCCGUGUGCGAACAGCUGGAAAAACUAACGCGGACGUCAGCGGUGCCUCCCAGAGGUCCCGGGUGCCUGACGACACGGACAGUGCGCUGGACUUAUCUUUGAAGGCACUGUCGAGCAGAGAUGUGGGACAGCUGGCCCUCGACAGGCAGCAGCAGGGCAUGGAGAUGCUUGCUCGAGAUGAACACGAUGCGCUGUCAGUGAAGGAGGAGGGUGGGGGUGCGUGCUUUGGGAAUAACGUGCCCAUGACAGAGUUCGAUGCCCUCUUUCGGGGUAAGAAUGGCACUCUGCUGCCCCCGGAGGAUCACCUCAUGAUGGACGAUGAAGAGGAGGAGGAUGUGGUUGGCUUGGAUGAAGAAGAGGAGGAGGGAAUGCGAAGAACAAUGGGGGUGUUGUCGGGACAAAAAGAAUGUGGUCUCAGCCGCCAGGGGAGCAAGGAGGCUCAGAGAAGAGGGAGGGUUAACAGCGAAGAGGAGGAGGAAGAUGAAGAACUGGUCUCCUCGGACAUCAGCAGGCUCCUGCCCCCGACGGACACCCUGCCGGUCUGUGUGUGUCCGCUGUGCAGCAAGGCAUUCCCAUCUCCACAUGCGCUACAGCCACAUCUGAGCUCGCACUUCCGUGAGCGGGAGGGAGCACGUACAAAGCUCUCGCCCGAUGCCUCAGUGCCCACCUGUGCACAGUGUGGCAAGACCUUCUCGUGUGCGUACACGCUAAAGCGACACGAGCGCACGCACUCGGGCGAAAAGCCCUACACUUGCGCUACUUGUGGCAAGAGCUUCCAGUACUCGCACAACCUCAGCCGGCAUGCUGUGGUGCAUACUCGCGAGAAGCCGCACGCCUGCAAGUGGUGCGAGCGGCGCUUUACGCAGUCGGGGGACUUGUACCGCCACAUCCGAAAGUUCCACUGCGCCCUCGUUAAGACCCUCGCUAUCGGAUAAGCCUCCUAAACCACUCGCUUUUUCCACCCAAAGGCUGCUUCCUACUUGCAGAUAGAAAGUAUUCAAGUCAGUGAGGUUUCAGUGAGUGGGUUUGGUAAAUAUGCACUUGACUGGAUGAUGUUUUUAUUUUGUUUGUUUUUUUAAAGAUUGAAGGGCCCGAGAGGCCCCGUCACACAGUGGAUUGGUGUG